GGACAUCGAGCUGGCCCAUGCUCAGACCGAGGAGGAGAGAAGACGCGCAGAGAUGGCCCUGCAAAUAGCGGUCCUCCUCUCGGACAAAGUCGUCCAGGCGUUUCAACAAGCCUGCUGGAUUUCGGCCCAGCGCGGGUCCCAGGACAUUCAGUGGUGGUGUGAGCCGACAAAAAGCGAGCUCGCUGCAGGUAUCGGCAAAGAGCUCCGAUGCUUCGAUCCAUCUUUACUGGAGAGGGAGGUGCGAAGACGACUGCACGACCUCGGUUUCGCGCAUGCAACAACCUCGGUGACUUGGAGCGACGCGGACGGCCGUCUGUACAUCGACACAAGCUGGGGGAUGUUGAACGUGGUGGAGGAAAUGCUGGAAUGGCCCUGCUUCAGCUGA